UCUUGUUACAAACGGUUGGUCAUCGAAGAAGAAUACAAUAUAGGCUGACCAGCCAUACAGUAGCUCUAGUACAAUGGUCUCUUCCUGCUUAUUAUUUUGUUAUCUCUCUUGCAGCCUUCUUAUCCACCUCUCUUUACGGUUCAAGGCAGAUGGCGGAAAUGGGUGUAUAAAGAUAGUUAUGUGCAUGAGGCUGCAUUCCAAAAAAGCUUGGUAAUCAAAGCAGAUAGGAGAUAGUAGUAUUAGCUUAGUGACGGACCUCCGGUCGAGCUAGCAUUGCGGAGUCCCAUCUAUGUGCAAUAGAUAGAUAUGGCGCCCUUCUGAAGACAGCAUGUCGAUUUCUACACUCACCCUCAACGACGGCAAUAAAGUCCCUUGGAUGGCAUUUGGCACAGGCACGGCGUUGUUCCAGCAAGAUGCACAGAACGCUGUCACAACUGCCAUUGCCAACGGUUUCACGCACCUCGAUGGUGCCCAGAUGUACGAGAACGAAGAAAGCUUGGGCGCCGGCAUCAAGGAGUCCGGCAUGCCGCGCUCCGCGCUCUUCGUCACCACUAAGUUACAUCGUCUGCAGCCUGACCAGACUGCCAAGAGCGCGCUGCAGGUAUCGCUUAAGAUGCUGGGUUUGGAUUACGUGGAUCUGUACCUCGUGCACGUGCCCGGACACCAUACAGGCCAGCUGAAGGAGGUAUGGAAGUCGAUGGAGGAGUGCAAGAGGGAAGGACUAUCGAAGUCUAUUGGAGUAUCGAAUUUUGAAGUCGAGCACUUAGAAGAGAUCUUGGAGGGUGCUGAGUUUCUACCUUCGGUCAACCAGGUUGAGAUUCAUCCGUAUGUGUGGAAGUCUUUACAACCUGUGAUCGCCUUCCAUAAACAACACAAUAUUGUUACGUCCUCUUUCGGUGGCCUAUCACCACUCUUCCGCGCACCAGGAGGACCCUUGGAUCCCGUAAUCGAGAAAAUCCGGGCACGUCUUGAAUCUACUCGAGGAGAGCCUGUGUCAGUUGGACAUGUGCUCAACAAGUGGUUGGAGCAGAAUGGCAUUUUGGUCGUGACCACUUCGAGCAAGGCGGAUAGGAUGAGAGAGUAUCUCGAUACAGCCAACGUUCCGCGGCUGACAGCUGAGGAGAUCGAGUCAAUUGAAAAUGCUGGGGCGCAGCGUCACCAGAAAUUCUUCUCAAACUGAUAUCUUCAAGGUGGAGUUGCCACUCCUUGGUCGGCAGUGACCGUCCUACAUGUAAGCAAGGAAGGAACGUAGCAGUCAAUGGCCCGGAAUAAGGACAUUAAACAUUGUCAUGAGAUUAAUUCUAUCUUUUGCUUCGAAUCAAUGUGACUGGCCAUGGCAGUGUAUCGCAG